AACGCCACUUUGUGGUUCACAUCCCUUCGCGCAUACUUGUUCCGUAUAACCUAUCAUACGGCCGAAACAUGGAUGUAGACACGGCGAGUGACAAUACGUCUAUCGACGACAAAAUAGACGACUUUUGUGAGAAUCCCACACGAGAUGCGUUGACAGAGGGUCUUAUGAGCCUGUUGAAGCCUACGGUGGAUCAGCUGGACGAGAGAAUUCGUGCUACAAGGAUAUGUCAAAUAGAGUUGAAGCAGCGCAUUGAAUCGUUAACUGAAGAACUCCAGAGAAUCAACGAGGCCCUGCAGUAUCCAUUAGAUACAGAUUCUUACGUGAAGAAGCUUAUUAACGCUAAACAUAAGAUCACUAUUGUUAGUAACAUCUUGCAAACCACUCAAGAGAGGUUGAAUAAGGUGCAUCAAGCUGUUGAGAAAAGUACUGCCAAGAGGAAGACAUUGUUAGAUAAUAGUUCAGCGUACAGCAGCUCUACUGUCGAGCCAGAUAAGGAAGAGCCAGCCCAAGUUGAGGCUGAUACGCAGCAGCAACAGCAAUAACUUCUGGUGUCACUAAUUGUA